AAUCCAUUUUUACGCAACCGAGAGUUGAAAGAAAAAGAAAGAGAAAGAAGAAGAAAGAGAGAUGGCUUCGGUCAUUGACUUGUCGAGUAUUCCUUACAUCCCUGGGAGGCUCCACGCGACCAACAAUCAGUUCCAGAGAUACGGUCCAAAGGGUUUCAUGGAAAUCAAAGUCCUUCACAACGACAACCUCUACGUCCGCGUCGACUUGCCCGGUGUUCCAGACGACGCUAUCCGCUACAGAGUCGACGCCGUGAGACAAAAGGUUGUCUUUUUCUCCGGCGAAGAAACUCCCGGCGCCGGCGACAAGGUUGACGACGUUCGUGAGUACUCCGGGACAGCCGGUUUGGGCUGUGACUGCUGUGAGAUCACCGGCGUGGAGGCCAAGAUGAAAGAUGGAGUCUUGAGGAUGAUUCUCUCAAGGGUCAAGGUGAAGGACCACGACAAGAAGUGUACCAACACUCUGCCUCCUAACUCAGGCAAAUCGGGAAGAUAUGAUAUAGGUAAUUCUGCAAUUGACAUGGUUGAAGUGGAGGACCAUCCCUUUGUGGUGAAAGGUCGCAAGGGAACGUUCACUUCAGCACGAACAUCUGACGGAUGUUAUCACCUUUCAGUGGAUCUACCAGGUGUUUCUAGCGAUGACAUAUUCGUGCUUCCAAAUGAGAAUGAAUUCAAGUUCAUUGCUGAGAACAAGAGCGUGUACGAGCACGACUAGAGUUGCCGUAUUUUCAUUGGAGCCGUCAACAAGCGUACAUGUUGUUCCCAUGGGAUUCCACUUCUUGACCACAACAUCGCUUGGGAUGCUGAGUUUGGUGUUCUCAAAGUGCGUGUUUCACCUCCUCCUCUCAACAACAAUGAUCAGUAAUCAUGCAUCACUCUUAUGAUAUCUAUGAUUGAACUAUGUAUCCUAUGUCUCUUGCGUCUCGUUAUGGUGUCUAAGCUAGCUAAGGUUUAUGGUCUAGUCUUCUCUAUGAGGUCUCUAUGACUUUUUUUUUCAUUUCUGGUUUUUAAUAAAUGUAUCUACGUGACGUGGACUUUUUUUUGCAUGUGGUUUGUGUUUAUCAUCUUUUAUCGUUUAUUGUUUAUGUACGUGUUUUUAAUUUCUUCUACGUAAAUGUCAUUCGUCUAUAACGAGAUAUUUUAAUGGGCUUUUUGUUGAAACAACAAACUUUAAAUUGUCUUUAUAACAAAUAAAACUUUAUAAUAAUUAAUACCAAGAAACUAUGCAGAAUAAAAUUUAAAGUAAUUUGGAUAAACUUCUAACAAUGGUUGAAAACUUUACUAAAGAGAAUUGAUUCAAAAAAAAAAGACGUUGCAUUGAGAGUUCGUAUGUCUUUUGCCUUAUCCGUGUCUAUCGUUUCUCUUGCGUGUCUACUGUCUAGGGCAGGUUUGUAUGGUCUUUCUUGUUAGCGUUAAUGGAGGGUGAACUUUUAUUAAAAAUUUGGAUUAAUGUUUAUCUAUAUGUUUAAUGGUUAAGUGCUUUUGAUAUCAUCUCAUGAAUGUGGUCAAAACGUUUUCUUUGAAUCUAAAUCGAGAUAUUUAAGGGAUGUUUUACAAAGUAGCAAACUUUAAAUUGUUGUCAAAAACAAACAAACAAACGAAAAAAAUUCUAUCUUCUUCUAAUACUAAAAGGGGAAUGGGGUGAGUGUCCAGAUCAUUUAAUUUAAUCCUCCAAUAAGAAACCACUAAUUUGCCAUGUCACGUUGAAUUUUAGCUUACACCAAAUAAACACGUAAAGCCACUCAAAUUCAUUAAAAAAAUUGUAUUUGGACAUCUUCUUUUCCUUAAUUAACUCUCCAAAUAAUUUGAGGACAGCAAGUGCAUCUGCGACGUCUAAUAGAGUUCUCCUUGUGCGUUACGUUUCCAGCCUGGACCCUUUUACGCUCUCUGCUCAUUUGUUUUUAACGAAGUCUCCAUGGAUUAGCUGAAUCGGAGGUCCGUUUUCCUUCAAUACAUUUUUUUUGGGAAAUGUAAUUUGUUUGGAGCUGCUUAUGAUUGUCAGUUUCAGUUCAUCUCACUAAUAAAAUUGAACACAUGCUACAUUUAUUCAGGGAUUCUUCACAACAAAAAGCAAAGAGACAUCUAUUUUGUUGCUGUUUCACUCACAGUUAUGUCCUCUGGGAGUUUCAAGACAACCCAGUUGUGAUUGAGGGAGACAUGUUCAGGUUCCGCGCUCAUUCCAAGAGUUUGAAGCUAACUGUGGUAUGAGAGGUGAUUUGUAUGUAAACUGGUUAUAGUAUCUGCUCACUCUUUUGGCUGCUGCCUCCUUCCACUCCGUCCAAGACCGGGCAGGGGCGGAUCUACAGUGUAAGCUACGGGGGCACGUGCCCCCGACUACUUUUUAAUUUUUGUCAGUUAGAGCUGUUCUAGUAAUCUUCUGUAGCUUCGUUGGUAAAAUUAAAGUGCUCCCGUUUGGUUCCAGUGUUGAGAGUUCAAUCUACUCACAAAUUAUUUUAUGUGAAUUUAAUGUUCUGUGUGUCAAUUUACAAGCUUCAAUUUUAUUAUUUUUACUU